UCUGUAAAAGUCAGAAAAUGAUCAGAAAAUUGGAAAUGUAUAAGUAAAAAAAAAAUACGCACAAAAAUAUGAGCAACAAUGAUUAUUUUUCAAUAUGAUUCUACCACAUUUUAAAGAAUGCAAUCCCUGAACAAACAAUUAUUUAAUCAAUACGCAACUGCUGGUUCAAAAAAUAGAUUUGGAGAAUACAAGCGUAAUAUCAUUCAACAAGCCCUAAAAGAGGUCAACUUUAAUUUUCAUAGAACCAGCAGCUCAUCAAUUUUAGUGGAGGACCUCAGUUCACUCACAGCCGCAGAGAAAAUAAUACACUCAACGAUUUAUGGUUCAGAGGAGUCGACUAACAAAUUACAGAUUUUUGAAUUAAGAAGACAUACACCACUUCUGAUGGCCAAGAACAAGCCGAAUAGUCAUAAUGAAAGAGAACUUCGUCGUACUGAUCAGCAGACUGAUCACAGCAGAGUUCUGCCAGAAAUUCAAUCACCAGAUGCAGACGAUGGGCCUGCCCAGCACACGUCGCCAGUGGCGGCCCCCGGCCGCCCGCUCUCCAUACUGGGAUCGGUCUGCGCGCUGCUGCUAGCUAAACAGGCGUCAUCACCAAAACUCGCGUCGAGCUCCAUCUGCCGCAUCUGCUUCGGCGGGUCGUCGGGCGCGCGGCUCGUGCGGCCGUGCGCGUGUCGCGGGACCGUCGCCGCCGUGCACCGCGCCUGCCUCGAGCGCUGGCUGCUGGCCGCUGCCACGUCACACUGCGAGCUCUGUAGACACCACUAUGUGGUCACCAGGCGGCACAAAUGGUCGCUAUGGCGUUCUCUCUGGGAGUGGGGCGUGUCCGGUCGCGGGCGCGCGCUGGCGGCGGACGUGGCGCGCGGCGCGCUGCUCGGCGCGGCGUCGGUGCUGGGCACGGCGCGCAUGCUGCGGGCGGCUGACGCGCUGCUUCACGCUGCAGCGGCUAAGGGGAGCGCAGCAGCACUAGCUGCUAACGUGUUCUCCUCCGUGCUUAUAGGCAUCAUUGGAGCCCUAAACGGUCUGCUGACGACGUGGAUGCUGCUAAAAGUGCAGGAGCACCAGGCGUCGUGGCGCGCGUGGCGGGACUCCACCGUGCUGGUGCGCGUCGCGCUCGACCCCACGCCACCGCCCACCCCGCCCAACGACUUGACCAGCGACGAAGCCACACCCCCGCCCACCACCACGUCUAGUGUCAUAUCCUUCGACACUGCGAGCAGCCCCGCUGAACUCUCAGAGUGUGCCACCAACGUCGUUGAGCCUAUAGUGGGGCUCUUAAAUGACCCACCCGUUUAGAUAGGGUACGUUCUCAAUAAAACGACACUUAAAUUGUUAA